AUGGACAAUGAGAAGCAACCGGAUAAGAGGGCCACUCGGCUUGGAGAUUUCUUUGGCGGCAGCGAUGUUAUUGCAGACUGUGAGAGUCAAUCAUCGAAAGUGAUUCCUCCGCAAAUAGAUACCUCGGGUGAUGAACGCACCUCCGACAAAAAAGCCAAAACCCUUCUCAAGAGCAUCCCUGACAUUCCGCCCAAGGCUCAGCAAGUCUCGAAGCCUCCCAAGAGAGUUGCUUUUGCCGGCCUCCCAGCGAUAGUUGAGAAUCCCAUGGCUAUCCUGGGCCCUAAAAAGCACGUAGAAGAUAACAGAAUAACCGCAUCAUUGGAGCAUGACCAAACCAAAGCCAACCGUCUAGAGCGGCACUUUGAGCGAUACUACAAGAUCUCGCUAGGUCGAAAUAUGGACGUACAGUUAGCGAGGACAAAACCGGCGGCCUUUGAGGAGAAACCGCCAUUACUUGACGAGAAACAAAGCAGUGUCUUGUUUUGGACCCUGUCUGGAUCCGAAAGUGAAGAACAGGUAUCUGUAGUCCGUAAGAUUGAGAACAGGAGGUUCGUCAAAGGAAUCGGGGUCUAUACGAUGCCUACGCCAGUAUCUCUUGCAGAGAUCGCAGCGUCUCGUAAAGUCCGUGGUCCUGAAUUGGCCUAUAUUCUGAAGCAGGUCAAGAUUUGUACAGUCACCUCCUUUACAUACCAGUCUGGCAUCCUAGCUAACCUUUUUACAAAAGGGGGCCAGCAUUUCUGUUCCUAUGGGACGACCGAUAACGUGCUCGCCGGAUUUUGGCGAAUAACUGUAGAACUCAUGAAUGGCUAUCUGAAGAAAGACAUGCGAGGAGACCACGUUGACUACGCAAAGUGGACGGCAUAUCCAGCAGCUGUCGACUUUUACAAGUGUUUGGAGACUCUGAACCACGCUCAACGUAAUGAAGAACGUCUGCUACCCGCUAAGACUAGGACACUUCAUAGCAGAUUCGAAACAGUCAAAGAGACCGCACGAGGUUGGAGCACUAACACAACUUGUCCUGUUCACAAACAGAUGGAUAGUGAGUAA